AUGGCCUCAUCACUGGCAGAACUUUGUGAGCAAGUCAAAAGCCUUCUUCCUGAAGACCUCCGAGACGACCGGUGGUAUCUGCCUACGGCUGCUGGCCUGGUUGCUUCCGGGAAACCAACCGAACUAGGGAAUCUGUACCAGUACAUAUUAGACACAGAAUUUCCCAAUCUUACCGCUGCGCAGGAGCGGAGGUUAGCAUCACGGUUCAGUGACCUGCUCAUGAAAGAAUGGACACUUGUCGGCAUCCCGACUGUUUUGAUGGCAGUCUCCGCGCUGGCCAAGGUUGAGAGAUAUGUGUCCGCAGAGAAUACAGGACUGGAUGAGAAAAGGAAAAACAUUGACUUCGAAAAGGAUAUUACGGAACGUGGAACAAAGCUCAUCGAGCUCCUCUACAAGCAGAAUCUUCAGUCGAUAUUCGACACUUGGGGGUCUUACAGGGAGGAAUUUGUCUGGCUGGAGAAGAGUGUGAUAUAUGGACUGUUCCUAGCUGAUCAGUCCGUCCUAUCGAAAGAGGAAACAUUGCUCGUCACGUUGCCUGGAAUAAUGUGCCAAGGCUGGCCGGGACCUGCAAUGUGGCAUCUUCGUGGCCUGCGGAGGAUAGGUCUGAGUGUGGAGGACGUAGAGAAGGUUCAGCAGGCUGUAGAGGCCGUUGCGGUUUGGGCGGGUAAGUCGGUUGAGGGGUGGCCGAGGGUCACAGAUAUUAAGGAUGAGAUAUAA